ACUGUCGUUUUGUGUGUAAGAGCCAAAUUAAUGUUACAGUAUGAGUUUAAUAGAUUAACAUUUUAAAUUUCUAGCCUUUAGGUAAAUGCUUUGAAUUGUACGCUGAGGUAUAGACUUUGAAUGCACUGUAAAGGUUGGCUGGUGGGUUUUUUGUUGAGCUUUCCCACAAUCCUUUGUUCAGCAACUGCUUCAAAAUCAAACCAAAUCAAUUGUUUUCUGUCAUGUCAUCAGUUAAUGGGUGAGAGGGUAAAGAAAAGGGGAUGUUACUGACACCAAAGAGAUAGCAACCACUCCAGAUUCAACUGUGCAUACAAGUGGUAUUUAUCUCUCUCACGCUCUGCACCUUCCCCUUGCCUCAGCUCUGUCAUGCCUCGCUCAUUCCUGGUCAAGAGUAAGAGACCAGGAUCUCAUCCCCCUUGCUUCUCUAAAGGCACCAGACACACAAACCCUGACCAGCCACAACCUCAUACAAAUCAUCACGACAGGCAGAACGGGGUGUGGCAGGAAGUAAGGUCCCCACAUCGGAGCCCCUUCCAGGAGGACGAGGGCAACCUGUGCUCAGGGUCAGAAGUCAAGGACACCCUGGACUACCCCUGUCCUAGCUGGGACGCCAUGGCAACCAGACCACACAGCACCUCGCCAGCUGACCUCUGGACCAGCUGGUCUGCAGAAACCGGAGGGUACGAUGGUGUGGAGCCAUCCGAGUCUGCACUGCCCUGGUCCAUACACUGGCCCCGGGGCCCUGACAGAGAGAGGGAGCUGGAGAAACUGGUCCAUGUCUUAUUGAGCCACAGGCCACAUAUAGACCUCAAUUCCACCAGCCCAUGCCCCCUCUGUGAAAAGGUCUUGUCCUCAGGAGCUGUACUGAAGACUAAUUUACUCAGGUCACGUGCAUGCGUGCCUGCAGUCCCAUUGGCCACAUCAGCCAAAGCCCCAGAGCACCCCUACGAGUUCAAACAAGCUCUGGGCCUGUACGGAAGACCAAAGGAGCGUAGCUAUAGCUGUAAGGAGUGUGGGAAGGUAUUCAAGCGCUCCUCCACCCUGUCCACCCACCUGCUCAUCCACUCUGACACCAGGCCCUACCCCUGCCAGUACUGUGGCAAGAGGUUCCACCAGAAGUCAGACAUGAAGAAACACACCUUCAUACACACAGGUGAGAAGCCCCAUGUGUGUCAGGUGUGUGGCAAGGCCUUCAGCCAGAGCUCCAACCUCAUCACCCACAGCCGUAAACACAGCAGCUACUGGCCCUUCAGCUGCACGCACUGCCAAAGCAGCUUCCAGCGCAGACUGGACCUACAGCGCCACCAGGAGACACAAUGUUUUCAUAGCAGCGUGUACACACAGAGCUGAGGCCACGGGUAUAAUGGAGAUUUGUAUUACACGAGUACUGUAUGUAGCACAAGAAUGAGUGCUUUGUAUAGAGAUUGUUGACCGGUAUUUGCAGUUCCGUUUUUAUAUGGUACUUUGAUCAGUGACUGAAGCUAAGCACAGCAUUACUUAUGUUCAAGUUAUUUGGGCAUUUGUUUUUGUGGAUUUGCGUUCGCUCACAGCUUUUCUGGUUGACCRUUUGGAUAGUGCCUUGAGGGCACCUGAUCACUUUGUUAACAUCUCUAGCAAUGUCAUAUAUAGUGUACGAGCUGGAUUCCAUCCAUAGCGCAGAAGAUCAGCGUUGUAGCCGGUUGAAAUGUAAAGGCCAUUUUCGAUUGAGCCAACAUAUGCAACGUUUACCAUGAAUGCUGUCUCCGCCAACACGGAAACGUUGCCUUCAAAUGUCAGUCACGCUUUAACGCUACGGAUUGAAUCCAGCCCUUUAGGCCCUGGUCUUUAGGCCCUUUAGGCCCUUUAGGCCCUGGUCUCUACUGUGCUGUAUGUCUAAAAGACUCCUUAUUAAAAAAAGGUGCUUUGUAGAGUGACAAAGCAAACCCCUAUUUCCCACGGUAAUUGGCCAUUUUCCUCAGAGAGCCAUUGCAAUUGUAGCUCCCAUUGUUGGUGUAUGAAUGAAGCUGACAUUUUCACUUCCCUGUGGCAGCCCACCCAAGGGGAUAAUAACAUACAUUCAGGCCAUGUGGAACAUGUGAAAAAUAAUGUCUCUGACUGCAGUACGAGCAGAGAGAGACAAUGAUUAUGUUGAAAUGAUGCUCCACAAUUAUGAUGAGACAACGUGACUGUAUAUUUUCAGUGUCACAGCCUGGUCAGCAUGAGUAUAUAUUAAAAGGGAUUUAGAUAUAAWMAAUUAAAUACU